CGGAGACAGUGAGCUCAUCUCAGUUUUACACAGUAAAUACAGUCUGUGUGUUGCUCCCAGUGCUGUGGAGUGCAGGGUUGCAAACACACAUCAAGAUGUUCGUGUGUCUGGUCAGCGUGUGUCAUGCUCACAGAAAGAGGGGCUUCGAUGUCUUAAUGCAGACAAUGGGGGCAAAUGCAAAGAUUAUGAAAUUAGAGUCUUUUGCUCUUGUUCAGAGUCCACAUCAACAGCAGAGCCCACAUCAACCAAUAAGCCCUCAACAACUCAACCUGCAUCAACAACUGAGCGCACACCAACAUAUAGAUCUCCCUCACAAUCUGCAUCAACACCUUCUAGUUCUGGUAUUUCAGCUUCAACAUCUGGGUCAACCAUUACCUCUCCAGCUUCUUGGCCCUCUUCUUCUAGAUUAAGCUAUCCUACAGGUACAACAGUGUCUUCUAGCCCUGCUUCAACCAUUUACAGACUAAGCACUGAUGCUUCUUCACCGACAUCAAGUGUACAUUCAACCAGCCAGUCAAGUGGCACAUCAGCCACCUCAGUGACACAGCCAGAGAGGUCAGAUCAAACCUUAUCCAGUACUCCAACAACUGAGACAACCGUGUCUAUAGACCUCACAACACGUCCAACACGCACUAGUAA